CCUACAGACGGUUGACCCGGGCCCUCCUCCACACCCCCUUCCUUCCUCGCCCCCUCCCUCUUUCCUGCACGGGGGCUCGGGCGAGCUAUAAAAGGCGGGAGCGCGGGGUGCCCCAGCAACGACGAGUUUCAGCACCAUGGAGAGCCCCCGCCUGCGGCUGCUGCCCCUCCUGGGCGCCGCCCUGCUGCUGCUGCUACCUCUGCUGGGCACCCGCGCCCAGGAGGACGCCGAGCUGCAGCCGCGAGCCCUGGACAUCUACUCCGCCGUGGAGGAUGCCUCCCACGAGAAGGAGCUGAUCGAAGCGCUGCAGGAAGUCUUGAAGAAGCUCAAGAGUAAACGUAUUCCCAUCUAUGAGAAGAAGUACGGCCAAGUCCCCAUGGACUAUCACCUCAUUAAGUUGUUGUUUAUGGGAUAUCUCGGGACAGUGCCAGACCAAAGAUCCCCAAAGGGCAAGAACUGGUCUCAGCAGUCAUGUAAUACCUAG